AUGGAGACUGCACCUGCAGACAACGCAAAAAAUUCCCCAAGGGAAAUGAAGAAACGAAAUCUGGUCAAUCAACGUAACUUUCGCUCGCGGCGAAAACAAUAUGUAGCCGAGUUGGAACAAAAAUUGCAGCAGUACGAGCGGGAAGGGGUCGCUGCCACUCGAAGGGUUCAACAUGCAGCCCGUCUUGUUCUCGCGGAAAAUGCAGUGCUGCGACACUUGAUACAGAGCGAGUUUGGCUUGGAUUCUCAGGCACUCGACGACCAAAUCUUCCGCGAGAUGAGAAAUCGGGUCGACUUAAAUCUGCACAACCUCCCGAGCACCGACCGUCAGUCUACACGUUCCGAAGAACUACCCAGUCGAGGCACAACUGCUGACUACCAGCAAGUAUCGACCGCGGCCACCACAUCACCCCGUUUGCUCGAAACGGCUCUCCCAGCGAUGAAGAGUGAUCGUUCCCAUACGCUAACGUCACAAGAUUCCUCAACAAUGAGCGACAGUCGGUAUGGGGAACAGGCCGAAGUUGUUGAUGCCACGCCUGUGGAUGCGGCUAGGCUAUCAGCCAAUCUGGCGCUUUGGAAUGACCAUGAAGAAGCUGCACCUCUUAGCAACCAAGAGGAACCUGAUGUAGUUGAGGCCGCACCAGGGUCGAAACACAUGGCCACCACGACAAAAGACACGUUGUCCUGCGAAGACGCAGCUGCGAUUCUUGGCGGAUUCAGAGCUCAAGCAAGCCUCGAACUUCUUCGGGAAGAGCUGGGAUGCACACCGGCAAGUGCUUGUAACAUCUCCCACGGAGCACUGUUCGAGAAGAUGGACAGUUCGAUUUAA